AUGCCGUCCACACGACCCUGCGCGGCCUUCGAGCCCAUUUCGCCGGACUUCGAUUUGAACGCCCUUGUCGAGUCCCAGCCCAAUUUCGAGUGGGUCGUGCGCAUCCACUGCGACAUGAUAGAUCACCAGGGCCUGGAAAUUUUUGAAAAGUUGGUUCUCGUUCAUGUCAUUCUGGGCGGCAAGCCUCUCGUCAUCGAGGGCUAUGAAGGGCGAUUGGACAAAUGGACAUUCGCAUUACAGUGGCUUCGCGACAACUGCGGUUCAAAAGUCGAGAGUGCGCGAGAUCUCACCAAGAAGGCCAACGUCCCCUUGUCCAUCGGCCAUUAUUUGAACAACAUGGCGUUAUUGACAAAUCAGUGGACUCCGCGGAACUACAAGGACCCCGAACGUCAGCGAAUGUAUCUCAAAGAUAUUGAUUGUCCGCAGCUCUGGCAAGACAAACUGUCCGAAAUCAUUCCUCCCGGCGUGUUCUAUCUCAACGAAACAACAGGUGAUGUUGGUGGAUUUGGAGCCGUGGACGAAAACGACCCUAUGAGACCGGGUACGAGGAAAGGUAGGGGGAUUGCCAGAGCUGGAGAUCUGAUGAGCAGCCUUCCAAAGGAAAUGCGCGCAGAAAAUCUCAUGUGCUAUAUCGGCCACGAGGGCACCUAUACGCCCGCCCACCGAGAGAUGUGCGCAAGUCUUGGUCAGAACAUUAUGGUCGAAGCUUCUACCGGCCUAGCUGAAGAUGGCAAACUUACGAAGCCGGGUUCUUCGAUCUGGUUCAUGACCGAAAGCAAAGAACGCGAAGUGGUUGCUGAGUACUGGCUUUCCCGCCUUGGCCAUGACAUUGAGAUCGAAAGCCAUUUCGCACAGGUCAAUGCGUGGAAGAACGCACCAUUCAAGACGUAUGUUGUCGAACAGAAGCCCGGCGACUUUGUCCUUAUUCCUCCAUUGGCUCCUCACCAGGUGUGGAACCGUGGUACUAGAACUAUGAAAGUCGCCUGGAACAGAACAACCGUUGAAACUCUUGAAAUGGCAAUGCAUGAAGCUCUGCCACGAGCAAGGAUGGUGUGCCGCGAUGAACAGUACAAAAACAAGGCAAUCAUUUACUACACCAUGCAGAAGUACUCAAAACUCCUUCGACAGGCAGAGAAAUUCAGGCAGAAAUCCAUAGGGCUCAAACACAAGUCGCCUUAUGACGCGAAAGUCCGGCAACUAGAAAAGGAUUUUCGCAGACUGCAGGUUCUGUUCACUGAAAUAUUGGUGUCAGAAAGCUUCCUCCCUGAUCGCGCCGAGAAGAAGAUCGAGUAUAUCCCUUAUGACAGCAACAUUACUUGUUCAUAUUGCCGCUGCAAUAUCUUCAACAGGUUUCUCACAUGUCCCACCUGCGUAGAGAAACUGGCGAACGGCGAAGAAGACACGUACGACAUCUGCAUGGAGUGUUACGCAAUGGGCAGAAGCUGCGCGUGCAUAUCGAAAUUGAGGUGGGUUGAACAGUGGCCUUGGGGAGAACUGGUGCAAAAGCACGAACAAUGGCGACAUCAGAUCCUGCAAUAUGAAGCCAACGUGACUGAGAAAUCGCCCAUGUCGCUCAAGGUUGAACUGAAUAGGCUCGGGAACAAAAGGACCCUGGCGCAGAUCUGUCAGCUUGAGUUGGAAAGGAGGCCGUUUCGUGACAUCCGACGUCCGCCGUCUCCUGUAACAGGUGACGAUCGCGAAGAAGUGGAGGAGGUGGACGCAAAUGGCAAUCUCAAGAAAAGGAAGAAGAUCAAGCGAACCGACAAUUUUCUAAGGAAGCAUGCUCGAUGCCAUGUUGACUUCCACUGGGAACCCAAGUGGAAACAAGCCGCGUGUACACAAUGCACUAAAAGCUAUUGCUACGGCACCCUUUUUCGAAGAUUCGACAUGAUGCCACAGGAUAUCCUCGCAGAUCCAAACUGGUUGUGUCCGAGCUGUCAAAACAUGUGUGGUUGUCGUCAGUGUAGGAUUAAGCCCGGUUACAAGCCUUACAUGCCAUCUAGCACUAUCCUUGGCCAUAACACAAAGGCAAUAGCAGACCCCCGAUCGGUAGAGAGUCUCGUGGACUUCAGUUUUUCGAACAUUGGCUGGAUUCAGAAGGCAGAUGAUGAUUAUGGCGAUCAAUCGCGUCGCCUUCAGAAGCGACGGAAAGAGGCAGAGGCAGCCAAAGCUACGGGGCCUGAGCUGGGUGAGCACUAUGUUGACGGUGAUCAAGAGAUGAAUGACGGGGUGGAAGAUGGUAUUCUUCGGCUGGCGGAACAAGAAGGCAUACCGAUUGAUCCGGCACUGGCAAUGACUGCUACAUCUGGGUCUCCCGCAGAAGACGACGAUGAAUACGACGAAAACCCAGAAGGAUUGAAGAUGGGAGAAGAAUCGACUCCUCGUGACGCUCCUGCGCCUCAAUAUGCUCUUCCUGAAGGUGGUGUUAUCCGAGACGUUGAGCAUGCCUACGAGCAAACCGAAGCUAUUACAUACGACUACCCUGAUCCAGAGAUCGGUCAUCAUAUUCCUGUCCCAGUUGAAGAAGAGCAAACAGUCGUGCCUCUUGGUUAUGCCCCUGCCGGCGCCGAUGAUAGGGCAAACAUUGAAAUGGUGGAGCGUAAACGCAAGCGUGCGAAGCUUGAUGAUGGUGACCGCGCCUACACUUACAAGAAGCCCAACAGUGAGAGGAAAGGGGCACGGAAGUCGCUCAUUAUGAAGCAGCCUCUCCCGAGCGAGAGAGUCGAAGAAAUGGAAAGGUUGGCACGUGCAGCGCGACAGGCCUUGAAUGGACUGGAAGUUCCUGCACCAGUCAUCAGUUCUGAUCUGCAAGCUCUCAAUGCCGCUGAAGGAAACCCUCAAAGUGUGCCCAAAAAGGUUCGACGAGGCGUUGAGCAUGUUGCGGUAGAACAGGAUGAUGAGUUCAUGCCUGGUCGAUACCGUGACCGCAGGAAACGGGCCGCAGAUGGAACCCCUCGACCGCCACCUGACGCAGAAGUUACCAGAAGGCAGACCCGGAUGCACAACACUCAUUACGAAGAGCCUUCGGAAGACGAGUUCAGUGACCUUGUUUCUGAGCCUUCUUCUGAGCGUGCCAAUUCCAUGAACAAGCCAACAAUGAAAGCAGUCAGGUUGGACAAAGCCGACCUAAAUUUUGAUUCUUCAGUAUCCUCGGAUGACGAAUCAGCAGCAAAUGACAGCUCUGCUUCAAGCCCCCCUGUUGAGGGUGGACCAAGUGGUCUCGAGUCAGCGCCACGAAUAGCCAUGAAAGCUUCCAAAUUGACUGUGGCGCAUAGUGUUCAUCCUGUAUCGGUCACAAGCCCUCCAGCCGAGCGAGGUGAAAGAUCGGUUUCGGCUGUUUCAUCAGCAUCGCCUAAGAAAUCGGAACUUGCCAAGUCGACCUCAACUGCGUUCAAACCAGGUCAAUCAAAGGUUGCAGCACAAGCACAGGCGAACCGACGGGCAAAAAUGGCAGCGAUUGAGUGGGUGGAGAAUGAAAGCGAAGACCUGGACGAUGCUUGGUCUCAGGACUCAUUCAAGAACGAGCCUGAGUCGGACAAUAAGGCCGCUAACCCAGCGCAGACGGAAGUCGCGCUACCUGAACAGCAAGCUGUUUCGCCUCCCAAGCAGGUCAUGAGGCACGACAAACAGACAAGUCACACGCCGCCCGCAGCGAAGUCCGCUAUUGUAUCGACCGUGAAAGCCUCAGCUUCGGAGUGGCUGGACAGUGAUGAUUCGGACGAUGAGAUGGAGGUCCGUAGGCCAGGCCAGGCCUGGGCUGCCGUUAAUAGCGGGGCGGCGAGCGCGAGUCGAGCUGGGGCUUCAAAGCCUGGCCAUGCUGACACAGGCCAAAAAAGGCGGGGAAGGCCACGGAAAUCCUCUUGA